AUGUUACUUUGCUUUUUUUUUUUUCUUGCUGUUUCUCCACGUCUCCACUUUUCACUUCACGUUGUAGCAGCAGUAGACUGCAGGGACGGUGUGGAGGCCCUUCCCCAUUGCACCGGAGAUACAAACUGCACGCUUAGCAGUUCACUGCAGCGCCACCACCGCCCUGCCGCUCCCACAAUGAGCGAGUUGGGUGCGUCGACGAGUGAAACGUACACUCAGCAGUCAUCUACGCUCAUCUCCUCCAAGCUGGCACCCUCUGCCGCAGCUGUAUCGGGUAAUCCCGCAGCCACGCCCACAAGGUCAGCUCCGGCUGCUGCAACUGCAACUGUAACUGCAACUGCCGCGUUGGCACCUGACCGCCGAGAGCAGCGGAAGGCGGCGGAAAUGGUUGUGGCUGAUGUGCGCGGAACGGUGGAGUAUCGUGCGGCGUGGGACGUGGAGCUCUGGAAGGCCAUUCAGACUUCGCGGCUGCGGCGGGAGUUAGAGGAGCAGAAAAAGAAGGCUCUCGCAGCGCUGGCAAAGUUUGUCAAGUCGAGGGAGCAACAGGCGAUGGAGAGCUGCGAGCUGCGGGAGCGAGAGAGUGGACGCCGAGAGCAGCGGUUGGUGGAGGAGGAGAAGCAGAUAGAGAAGCGAAAGUGGCGGCUGGCGGAGAUGGAGAAAGACAUGCGAAACAUCCGUCAGCAGCUGGUGGAGGCGCGGCGGCGUGCGGAGGCCGAGGCGCAGGCGGAGGUGAGGCGGGCGAAGGAGGACGCCGCCCACGCGGUGGCGCUGCAGGAGCAGCGCAUACAAGCAGCAGAGGCACACACGAAGCGUGCAGAGGAGCGGCUGCAGCAGACGCAACGCGACUACCUGAUGCUUUCAGAGGAGUUUCACCGCUUCCGCACACGGGAGCUGGCGGCGCCGCCUGAGAAGUCGACCAGUAUUGAGGCGCGGCUGCGGACGGAGUUUGCGAUGGAGCAGCAGGCGUUGCAGGAUCGUCUUGAGCGGCGACACGCGGAACGUGAGGAGCAGCUGACGCGGCGUUGCCGUGAACUUGAAGAGGAAAACAGGCGACUGACGGCGUUGGCCACCAAACGCAAGGAGCAAAUGCGGCGCGGCACGGAAGAGGUGGCGCGGCUCACGUCAGUGAACAACGCUUUAGAAGGCCGACUUAGGCAACGUUCAGCGAGGGACAUUGCUGCGGAAGCCGCGGACGCCAGAAAAACGGAGAAACAAGUGGUGAUGGGCGACGCGACUCCGCAGAUUCCGGCCGUUGAUGUCCUGCCUAUUGCAGAAGAAAUUGAGCGGCUACGUUGUGAGCGUCGGGCGAUUCUGGAGGGCAGCGCGGGGGCGCUGGACGUGGACAGCGACGUGGUACGCUGCUUGGACGCGAAGAUUAACGACAUGCUUGAGCGGCUGAACGGCCGGGGUCCGUCGCUGUAG